GUCAGUUUCCCUUUCCAGUUUCAGUUCCUUUUUCUUCAAGCCAACUGUGGGAGAAAGGGGCAAAGGAACCAAGUAAUGCUUCCACAUAAAGGUCUCCUUAGCAUCUCCCUGAGGCAGACUAGGAAGAUUUCUGAAGAGCACAGUGGCCUGAGCUGCAACCUUUCAGAACAGCUGAGAAGUGCCCCGUGAUCAUGAGCGAGACCACUAGGAGCACCUUGGAGAGCUGUCUGCGGCAACUAAAAUGCCAUUUCACCUGGAACUUGGUGGAGGGAGGAAAGUCCUUGGAUGACUUUGAAGAUGAGGUGUGUAAUGUGACUGAGUUCCAGAACAAUGAAUUCAAAGCCACGGUGUUCAACAUACUGGCCUACAUAAAGCACUGCAGAGGCCAUGACGAGGAUGCCCUGGGGUGUCUACGGCGGGCUGAGGAGCUGAUCCAGCAAGAGCACUCGGAGCAGGCAGACAUCAGAAGUCUGGUCACCUGGGGAAACUAUGCCUGGGUCUACUACCACCUGGGCAGACCCGCAGAUGCUCAGAUGUAUGUGGACAAGGUGCGACAGGUAUGUGAGAAGUUCCGCAGCCCCUACAGAAUCGAGAGUCCUGAGAUGGACUGUGAGGAGGGGUGGGCCCGGUUACAGUGUGGAGGAAAGCACAUCGAGAGGGCCAAGGUGUGCUUUGAGAAGGCUCUGGAAAAGAAUCCCCAGAACGCGGAAUUCGCCUCUGGCCUGGCCAUCACGAGCUACCGUCUGGACACCUGGAAGCUGCCUCAGAAUCCUGUCAACCUUCUGAGGCAGGCCAUCAGGCUGAAUCCUGACAACCAGUAUGCGAAAGUGCUCUUGGCUCUGAAACUUCAGAGGAUGAAGGAAGAUGGUGAAGGAGAGAGGCUCGUGGAGGAAGCUUUGAAGGAGGUCCCGUGUGCAACCGAUGUGCUUUGCGGAGCAGCGAAGCUGUAUCAAAGAAAAGGAGCCCUGGACAAAGCUAUCGAACUGCUUAGAAAGGCUCUAGAAGGCAUGCCCAACAAUGCCUACCUACAUUACUACACUGGGUGCUGCUACAGGUCAAAAGUCCUUGAAAUCCUACAGGACACAGGAAAGAAUGACAUGUACAGGAGAAGAGAGAAAUCACAGGAAGCCAUUGAACAAGCUGUGUAUCAUUUGAAGAGAGCAGAGGAGGCUAAUACAAACCUCCCCUGUGUCUGCUCCUACCUGGCCUGCCUCUAUGCACAAGCAGGUCAGUAUGAUGAAGCAGAGCAUUACUUCCAAAAAGAAUUCUGCAAAGAGCUUUCUCCUGUAGCCAAACAAGUCCUCCAUCUGCGCUAUGGCAACUUCCAGCUCUACCAACUGAAGAGUGAGAACAGGGCCAUCCACCACUUCAUACAGGGUGUGAAAAUAAACCAGGACUCAAAGGAGAGAGAAAAGAUGAAAAACAAGCUGCAGAAAAUUGCCAGUAUCAAGCUUUCUAAAAAUGGGGCUGAUUCUGUCGCUUUGCACCUCUUAGAGUUUCUUCAGGAGCAGGGUACAGAGAUGUGGCCAGCAGAGGAAAAGUCUGAGAGGUGUUUGGACUCUGGAAGCUUUCUCCCUUCAGCAUCUUCCCCUGAGGAAUGAGGAAUCAGGAUAUGGUGCCCAUGGGAUGGUGGUGGGAAGGGAAGCGAAAACCCCUCCACCAAGUUCAUGUUCAAGAUAUUUCUCAACUGGUAUGGUGUAAGCAAGGACCGAGCCACUGGCCACCAUUCUGGACCAGGCUUAUGGAGGAACCCACUGGGCAGAGUGUUUACACAUGAAUCACGCAGGCUGUUCUGAGACAGGGACUAGAUUGGAGUCGGGGCGGUGGUCCUAGGACUUGGUAAGGGAGCUACUUCUGAACUGACUUCCUGCAGGCACUAUGUAUUGUGAUAGUCCCUUGGUCAUCCUCCCUGGGGUGAUGCUUUGGGUUUGUCUCUAUGUUUGUAUAAAGCAGCCAGAUCCCUCACAUCUGUAACACUGUCGCCCAUUUUUUGUAAUGUUUUUCCACCCUUACAGUCAUUUUAGAUCCUAUAUGGUUUGGCCCUGCAUAGACACCAAUGUGUUGGGUCCAUUCAAAGGCUGGGGGGCCAAGGCCCACAUAGGGCUUGGUGUCUCCCCUCCCUCACUUCUGCCUCCUUCCCCAGACAGUCCUCCAUCUCGACUGUCCUAUACAACCUGAGUUCUCUUGUCCUAUUAACUGAGGUGGGAACAUAGUUUGAAGAAAAAGCAGAGAACAGGUUGAAUUUUGAAGGAACGUACCCUGGACAAGCCAUGGGAUCAGGCAAUCCCAGUGCUUGCACUGUGGGAGGCAUGUGGGAAGAUUUUGCCCCCAUUCCACCCUUCCUUUAACACAGCGUGUGAAGAAUAAAAAAGGGUGUUGUGCGCACAUGCUAGAAACCAAAAUAAUACAUUUCUCUAAAACGUGUGUGAAGAAAAAAGUCACACCAGGAGGGACAGAGAUCAAAUAAGCAAAAAAGAGAAAGAGAGAAUGCUGGUUUGUCACUGUGGACUGUAAUCCUAUGGAGAAAAAUUUCAUUUUCUUGGUCAUUAUCCGGAAAAUUUCCUUGUAAGGUGCAGACGUGCUUUGUUCAAAAGCGCUUGGACAAACCUAGGUUCAAGGUGAUCGGAAAGCAGCAGAACACAAGGCCCCUUUGGAAGCUAAGGACCUAGAGAAAGGUCUUCUGAAAUGACAUCAAUAAUGGAGGGGUUUUCCUCCAAUUAGACGUUUUUAUAUUAGCAGAUAUGAAAUUGCUUUUCAUCCUGAAAGUCUUCAAGGAAACCACAAAAUUCAUGAUUUGCUUGGGGUGAUUGGGGUUUUCUAGGUAAAUACUGAAGGGCCCAUGACAUCAGGGUCGGUGUGAACCAAAACAAAGUCAGUGGACCCAGCAUGAGACCAUCAGUCACCUUCUUGGCUGCAAACUAUUUGCCUGUUCUGAUUAAUUUAAAUUUAAAUGGUGGUUACCAGAAGCUCAGGGUUGGGGGAAUAGGAGAGAUGUUUAAGGGUACAAAUCUGCAACUGAUUAGUAAGUAAGUCCUGGAGAUCUAAUGUAUAGUAUAGUGAAUAUAGACAACAAUAUCAUUUUAUAAUCAUCAAAUUUGCUAAGAGGCUAGAUCUUGAUUACUCAUACCACAGAAAAGAAAUGAUAAAUAUAUGACACGAUAGAGGUGGUAACUAUGGCUACAAUCAUAUUACGGUAUAUAAACGUGUCAAAUCAACCUUAAAUUUGCAGCGUUAUAUGUCAGCUAUAUUUCAAUAGAUUUAACUAUAUAUUUACAUUUUGACUAAGAAAUGAAAACAUUAUAGAAACUUCA